AUGGCCAUCAAGCUGUCGUCCUCGUGCCCGCCUGUGUUGUCGCCGCGCUAUUCUUCACGACUGUUCCGUUCCUCAUUUACCACGUGCUUCUCGGUAAUCAGCGCAGUACACAACAAGCUUUGGGGCUGCGCCUUUGUCGCGCUCCUGGUUCUCAUCACGUCACUUAAUUACUGGCGCAAUCCAAUCAAGGGCUGGCGCCGUACGGCCGACAUGAUGACAGUCUUUGUUGCUGCACUCUACCACGCCUAUUACUGCAUAGCUGUGUGCCAAGACUCGCUGGUACAGAUUAUGUACGCACUGGUGGUGGCCAAUUCGGGCUACUGCUACUUUCAGGCACGCAAGGCUCCUAGCCAGAACGUAUCGUCAGCUUGGCACUGCGGGCUGCACUUGCUGGGAAACGCAGCUAAUAUGUUACUGUAUCUUGGUAUUUCUUUAUGA